GUUUGAAUGUUCUUACCAAUGAGGAACUACAAGACAAGGAAGAGUCCACCCCAGAAGCAGAUGAUUCUGAUGACCAAACGGAGCUAGAAGGCAUUUCAGAAGUCCAUAAUAAUUUUGUAAAUACACUUGAGUCAGUAUUUUGCUGGUAA